CUUUAAGCCUGCUAUCAUAGUUAUCACAAAUUCGAGUAAACCACCUAGUACAAAUUUCUAACUCUGUCACUGUUCAUAUUUAUGCGAACCGUUAUCUACGGUUGAAAUUUCAAGUGUUAUAUGUGCACCUGUCUGACAGUUGAAAUUGUAAGGAUGUUUGACUUGUGUAAUGUUAAGGACACUUAUGACCUAGCACCACCGGCAAAUAGUGAAAUUGCGCGAUCAAGCAAAUAUUUUGGCACUAUAAUAGUCGAAGAACAGAGCUACAUCUCUACGUUAAUGCCCAUUUUAAAACUAAUUUAAUUAAUCAUGGAGUAAAGCGAAGUAGUUCCUGGUACAUAAGAGCCAAAAGACCGCAAAGUUGCAAGGUUCAUGCCUUGAGGAAAAUGCAAGCUUAGAGUUAAUUAAGCUAAACGUUAAGGCUAAUGGUUGUUUAAGGCUAACCAAAUAACCAUUUCACCGGAGGGUAGUGACAACAAAACUAAAAAAGCGAAGCUAUUACAACUCGUAGGAAAUAAAGACAGGGUUUUUUUAGCCACCAUAUGAGCUAUCUUAUUGUUCUGCCUACGUACCCACAAAUCUAAUUCGAAACUCAGGGGAAGACAACAAGAGAAGCUGAAUUUCUUCAAGUGGGGCGCCACCAACAGCAUCCCGAACUUCAUUGACCUUCACGUUGUCAAUAAUGACCUUCGCAUCGCCUUCGAUCCACACCGCGUCCAACCCACACAGGCUUGACACCACCUGAUUGCAUCCCGUAGCGCCAAGAGCUCCACAAGCAACGAAUUUUGAAGACUACGGUAGCACAUCUCGUGAGCACCCACCACAGUACCUAACAUUUCUCGUAGCACCAAUCCAGCCGUCGCGUGGGAACCCGCACAUACAACCUCGUCAAAGGAACAAACUAUAUUCGUCGAAGAAUACCCUUCAUUUUCAUUAUUACCUGCCACAGCUGCCGGUACUGCCAAGCAAGCGUCACCACCCCUUCCCUCCUGGACUUGUAAGCAUUCCUCUACCUGAAAAAAGAAACUGAAGUAUGAGGAUACUAUGGAGAGCCUGUAUGCCUUCGAAGGCCACCUCAUUCCUCACCUUCCAAACUCUACAUAACAGCAAGGUUCAAAAAGGCGCUAGGUGCAAGGCGGGUGUUGAGUCUUUUCCUAGCGCCUAGCUCGUCUAGGCGUAGACUAAGCGUGACUGUGAAGAAAAAAAAUGGGUAAAUUGCAAGGUUGGUCACUGAAAGUGCUAAAAUAUUCACGCUUGGUCACUAAAAGAAUUUUAUUCCAUUCGUGAUCACUGAAAGUAGUUAACGUUUCACGAUUGGUCACUCUCCGUUAGUUUCCAUUAACACCGUUAGUGGUUUGCUACCGUGGCAACCAAAAAUGCUUCUUCAUCCAAUUUUGACCUGGCACCUAAUAAAACCGGACAUGCCACGUCAAUUUUACCCACCACAUCACAUUUCCCAACCCAUGACCCAAACCUCCUUAUUGACCCGCCCGACCUAAAACUCUAUUGGCCGAAAAGGACAUGGAAGAAGGAGCUUCAAUCUUCCAAUUCCAAUUCCAAAUCCCAGCCGAGGGGAGCAUCUACUUUUGAUUGUCGAUGCUAUGGUGACCAGCUCUUCCUCGAAGCCGAUCGCCCCUUGCCUCCUCCCGUAAACCCAAGUACUCCCAAACCCAGAACAUGGUGGAACGCCAAAACUGAUACUUUCCCAAACACGAAGGCGCUGCUGCUUCUAUUCGGGAACACAGAUUGUCAACGAACAUAUCGAAGAUGCAAUCCGCCGCCCAGAUUUGUCACCGGCGAAGACAGAGGCUAGCAACCUCCCUUGGAUUCGGGCCCCGACUGUCCCUGGAGUUAGUUUUGCUCGUCGAGUCUGAAAUCGACGGGGCAAAGAGGCGAUUCUCCCAGAUCCAGCUCGACCAGAGAAGGCUGCGGGAUAUUCUUGAAGGUCCAAUCAGCGUCGGCGUGGUGCGGGAAUGGAGUGCGCAGGUGAAGUUAUCAAUGGUUGGGGAGACGGAGACGAUAACAACAACACUUCUAGGAGAGACGGAUGGCAAUAUCCCCUGGCCCUGGGGGUCCCAUCUUGAGAAGAUAAUGAGCAGCGCCAUGUGGAGGUCGGGUGACGGCGAGGAAGAGUUGCGGAGAAGGAUGCUUGGGUGACGGAGGGUAGCAGACGACGGCGAGGAGGAGGCGCAUCUCAAACAGAGGAAGAAGAAGAGGAAGGUUGAGAAGAGAUGGGGGAGAUCGAGGGAUGUGUAGAGGAAUUAAAAAAUUGGGUUCCUUCAAUUUUUUUGCUUAGGUCAGGGGUUGAAUUGGGUUGGGUCAUGAUGUGGCAGGUCGAGUUUUAUGACGUGGCAGGUUAAAAUUGGAUGAAUCGUCAUUUUUGGUUGCCACGUCAGCAAACCACUAACGGUGUUAGUGGAAACUAACGGAGAGUGACCAAUCGUAAAACGUUAACUACUUUCAAUGACCACGAAUGGAAUAAAAUUCUUUUAGUGAC